CUCUCUAGAAGUUGUCCCGGGUGUUCGCCGCUGGAGCUCCGGGUCGAGAAGACGAGGUGCCGUCUCCGCUACCGCCGGCUCCCGGAGCCCAGCCCUUUCCCAGCCCACCCUAAUCCAGCCCAGCCCCAGCUGCCAACGCCUGUCCCUGCCGCGGACCCUAGCAUUACCAUGAAUCCUGCCGUCUUGCUCUCCUUACCCGACCUCAGAUGCUCCCUGCUGCUCCUGGUAACUUGGGUUUUUACUCCUGUAACAACUGAAAUAACAAGUCUUGAUACAGAGAAUAUAGAUGAAAUUUUAAACAAUGCUGAUGUUGCUUUAGUAAAUUUUUAUGCUGACUGGUGUCGUUUCAGCCAGAUGUUGCAUCCAAUUUUUGAGGAAGCUUCCAAUGUCAUUAAGGAAGAAUAUCCAAAUCAGAAUCAAGUUGUAUUUGCCAGAGUUGAUUGUGAUCAGCACUCUGAUAUAGCCCAGAGAUAUAGGAUAAGCAAAUACCCAACCCUCAAAUUGUUUCGUAAUGGGAUGAUGAUGAAGAGAGAAUACAGGGGUCAACGAUCAGUGAAAGCACUUGCAGAUUACAUCAGGCAACAAAAAAGUGACCCUAUUCAAGAACUUCGUGACUUAGCAGAAAUCACCACUCUCGAUCGCAGCAAAAGAAGUAUCAUUGGAUAUUUUGAGCAAAAGGAUUCAGAAAACUAUAGAGUUUUUGAAAGAGUAGCAAAUAUUUUGCAUGAUGAUUGUGCCUUCCUUGCUGCAUUUGGGUCUGUUUCAAAACCGGAAAGAUAUAGUGGAGACAAUAUAAUCUACAAACCACCAGGGCAUUCUGCUCCAGAUAUGGUAUACUUGGGAUCUAUGACAAAUUUUGACCUGACGUAUAAUUGGAUUCAAGAUAAAUGUGUUCCUCUUGUGCGAGAAAUAACAUUUGAAAAUGGAGAGGAAUUGACAGAAGAAGGACUGCCUUUUCUCAUACUCUUCCACAUGAAAGAGGACACAGAGAGUUUAGAAAUAUUCCAGAAUGAAGUAGCCCGGCAAUUAAUAAGUGAAAAAGGUACAAUAAACUUUUUACAUGCUGACUGUGACAAAUUUAGACAUCCUCUUCUGCACAUACAGAAAACUCCAGCAGAUUGUCCUGUAAUAGCUAUUGACAGCUUUAGGCAUAUGUAUGUGUUUGAAGACUUCAGGGAUGUAUUAGUCCCAGGAAAACUCAAGCAGUUCGUAUUUGACUUACAUUCUGGAAAACUACACAGAGAAUUCCAUCAUGGGCCUGACCCAACCGACACUGCCCCAGGACAGCCAGUCCAAGAUGUAGCAAGCAGUCCACCCGAGAGCUCCUUCCAGAAACUAGCGCCCAGUGAAUAUAGGUAUACUUUAUUGAGGGAUCGAGAUGAGCUUUAAAAACUUAAAAAACAAUUUGCAAGCCUUUCAACAGCAACAUCCGCUUAUGUGGUGGAAAUAGUAAACCUAUAUUUUCAUAAUUCUAUGUGUAUUUUUAUUUUGAAUAAACUGAAAGAAGUGUUGGGUUUUUAAUUUUUUUUCUCCCCCUGACUCAAAAUGCACUGUCAUUUAACAUAGCCUCUUCUAAAAAAUCUGCUAGGGUUCAAAAAAAAAAAAAAAAAUCAGAGGCCUGUCUUUGCUUUAGAUCUGUCCUGCAAAACUUACAUAAAUCAAGUGGGAGGUGACGUAGCCACAGGCAGGCCACUAACCUGCACUCCUAGGUAGGGAAGAUUUGGGAUGUCUCCUGUGUGGGAUGUGCUUUUCUCUUUUCUUCUCAUUGAUCGAUUCUGUUAGUAUUUCCAGUGUCACAUUUCUCAAAGCUAAGGGGUGGGGGGUAUAUAUUCUGGAUACCUGGGAGGGGAAUAAAUUAAAAUUUUCACACUGUGUACUGUGUUUUACUGAUUGGUCAGAAAUUGCCAUGAAAAUUUCCUAGUAGUAUUUUUUUGAAUUCUUAAUGUGUAACUUAUACCAUGAAGAGGAGGCGAGCCAUAAGCCAGAGCAUUUGGCAGGAAUUGUCCUUAUGAAUUGAGAAGAAGAAAAUGAAAAAAUGUUACUGAAUUUCUCUGUGUUUAUCUUUAAAACGUGGCAUAUGGAUGGCAUUUAAAACUUUGAAUGAAUUUUACCUAAAUCUGGGAGCAGGAGAUAAUAGCGGAGCGGGUCAUCAGUAAUGAGCCAAAUGACUUUUAAGGCUCCUCCUACCAUGAGAUUCAAUUUCCAAAGAGAUAAACCAGCGAAGAAAAUGUGUAAUUGCAUGAUUUCUAACAUCCUUCUCUUGUAGAGUCUUGUUUUAGUUGUAGAGAUAAAAAACAAAGACAAUAAGGAACAUAAGCUUUCAUUUUUUCCCAAUAUAGUAGUGUCAGGGGACCCCACCCCUGCAGAGCCCUCAUUUGCCAGGCCCGCAGUGGGUAGCCAGCCGGGUCCCUGGGCCAGGCCACACUGCUGCCAGGGAGCAGACCCAGAGGGAGGGACCCUUGGUGUCAUUUCAGGAUUCCCAGUGCCAGAGGACACACAAGCUCAAAACUGGCUUUCCUCUGGGCUGGGGUUGGUGCUAUAGGCCAAGAGGCAUUUUAUACUUGGGGUAUGUAAGUCAACCCCAAUUUGGGGAAAGAUUAUUUUUAAGCUUAAAAGGCUGACAUGUGCCAUUAUAUGUAGUAUGUAAUAUAUGUAACAUCUUCCAAUUCUUUUAAAAAUAAAAUGAAUAUUUAUAAUGGAUAUUUAACAAUGGUUAUUUUUAAAAAUCAGCCUAGAAUUCUUAGUUAUGCAUGAUUUAUCUAUGGGUUUGUUCAGAAAAAUAAACAUUGUUAAUUAAGGUGGUAAAGAACAUGUUUAAUAUUAUUUUAUCAGAGUGUGAACUAGAAAGGCAGGACGGAGCCCCCAAAGGGUGGUUCUUAGUCCUGUUGUCGUUACUGCUUUUAAUCAGUAACCUGAAGGAAAUCAGGUGUGGUCUUCAGGUCAGAGGAUGGACCAAUCUGAGGGGGUCAGAAUGAAAAUUCGCAAACAUUCAACAGGGUAGCACGGAAGACCAAAAGGAGCACAUAUAGUUAACUGCAGUAAAUUUGUUAUUUUGUAACUGAGUUUUAAAAAAAAAACCAGAAACCAACAAAAGAGCUCUCAAUGUUGGAUUGCAGAGCCUUGGUUUGAGAAGAGUUCUUAGGAACAAGGCCUCGGGGAGCACAUGCUCAAUAUCUCAGAGAAUGGAGCAGCAGAUAAAGAGCGAAUGGAUCGAGGAUGCGUUAUUUAGGUUUCAUUCAUAUCGCAACUUGGGCUCUAGCCCUGCCACUGUCGUGGUCUGCUCUAGACCCUGAAGCUAGUGAGGACAGAUGCUGAAUUUUAUGUCUGUUUCCCCAGUGCCUAGCAUUCCUGGACACUUAGUAGCCAUCAUCAAAUGUUUUUUGAAGAAAUGAGCACCAACACGACCUUGGGCAGUUGUUGCAUCCAGCCUCUCAUCAGGACUUGAUGCCCAAUCUUAUAAAAGACCAUUAACAAGGCCAAGUGCUCCAUGAAAAGAAAUGAUACUAAGAGGUUUGGAAACAGGUGUUCAGGCUAUUUUGCUGGAAGAAGACUCUAGUCUGAGGGCAGUCUUGAGGUAUUUGAAGGGCUGAGGUUGUCUGACUGCACCCCACAGAUGGAACCAGGAUUGGAUGGUUAUCACAGAGAGGCAGAUUUCAGCCUGCCAUUUACACACUACAAGUUUUUUGGUGCUGUGCUUUGUGUUGUAAGGAUACAAGGAUGAAUAAGGCAUAAUUUCUGCAUCGGGCCAAUGCAUAUGUAAACAAGAUGUAAAGACAGAAAAAUAUAGAGGCUAUUGGGAGCAUAAAGGAACAAUCGGCUCCAGAGGCUUCAUUGUGGAGCUUAAUCUCUACAUUGAGCUUUUUAAAAAUGAAUGAGUGUUCUUCGGGAGGUCAGGAUCUGGACAGAGGAAUAAUCUGAGCAAAGGCAGGAAAUGGCGUAAUGCAUCAAGGAAAAGAAGGCGGCCUUGCGUGGGGGGAGGCCCGAGGCCAGGAAGAUGAGAAAGGAGGUUGGAGGAGGCAGUGGGAGCUGACAGUGCAUGGGCACCUGUCUGCCCAGUGAAGGGCCUGUGCUCUGUCUUCUAGGUGGUAGAGAUCUAUCGACAGACUUUAAGCCGGGAAGUAUCUUUGUUCAUCUUUAAGCUUUAGGAAGAACAGGAUGGAGGCAGGUCUAGGUAUGAAGACAAGGAGAGUUGAUGGCCAGAACUAAGACAGUGACUGCAGGGGUGGGGGCAGGGGCCUGGGAGAUGGCAGUGAUGCAGACGGCAUAGGGAUUUACCACCAGCUGAAUGUAGUGAGAGAUUCUGGGAGUCUGCCUAGAAUCAGUAAGAGCCCAACUCGUCAUUUAGACAUUUUUCCCUCAGAAUCAUGAAUGGGAGAAUGUUAUAGCUGGAAGUCUCCUCUGUCUAGCCAGUCUAUGCUGAGCCUUGUGCUCCCCAGCUGUGAAGAGGGGGUGCAAGUCCAGACUGGAGGUCACUGUUGAGUUGCAAAACCAAAACGAGCUGCAGGCCUUUCUGCUUUUCAGCCCACUCCCAUUUCCAGUGUUUCAACAACUGUUCCAGUAGUGAGGGGGACUGUAAAAGAAUGACAACUUUCUUUAGACAAAAUUCAAAAGAAAAUUUUUUUAAGUUAAAUGAACCUACAGAAGAAAACAGAGAACGGGUAUCUAAAGUCUCCAGUGCACCUGCUUAGUUAGCUCUCUGAUGAAGUCAGAUUGUUGAAGAUCACAUACAAAAGAAGGAAAAGCUAGCACGAUAAAGCCCAGAAGUAGAGAGUGAAAUAUUAUAAAACCAUGUUUGGAGUGUUAAAGCUCAGAAUGGGCUUAAAUUUGCAGAAGAUACUCAAGUCUCACAUCAAGGCUUUUUUUUAAAAAAAACAAACAAAAAAAACCUGAAUCAGGGCAAAACAAAGAAU